AUGGAUAACCUUGAAGAGGAAGAAAAUGUCUUGUUAGCUGCUAUAUAUGAAUCUAUUCAAGAAUCUGACAUUAAUAAUGAAAUUCAAACUUAUCUUGCAUUGCCAAAAAUUCCAAGUACUCUUUGUCCUUUAAAAUG